UGAUCGACUUAACACAAGAAAAUCAUGAUUCCAUUAAAAUAUUUCGCUUUUGCGCGAGUCUUGUUCGCUUGCAUCUUCACGGAGCAGGUGUUAUCCAAGGAAUCAAAAUGGAAGAAAACAGGAAAGUUUCAUGCACUUUCUUCAAAAAUAGAUUUUGAUCAUGAUUACAAAUCACUGGGUUGCUGGAAAGCCGAAGCGAACGUAAAAUAUUUUGAAGAUUUGGAAGGUUUACAUGAUGAGCUGGACGGACUGUAUUGGCAGAGGUUAAAUACGAUCAAGAAAUGUGCAGCAGUUACGAAGAACAAAGGUUUCAAGAUAUUUGCGUUGAUCAACAGAGGAGAAUGUUUUGCAAGCAAACAUAAGGAUCAUGUUUAUAGGAGGUUUGGUAGAUCAAGCAAGUGUAGCAAUGGCGAGGGUGGAGUUGGUGCAAUGAAUGUUUAUAAACUCACAGGAGAAUCGUUUUCAGACAGCGAGGAUUUUGAAGAUGAUAUUAUUUUAACAAAAGCUCAAAAGGCUUUGAUUGAUAACCCAGAUGGACCAUUAUACCACGAUGGAGUCGACCUUGAGACUUCCGCUGCUAUGGUACUAUGGCCUGAGAACACGGUGCCAUAUUAUGUUCCUCCUGAAUUAGCUAAAACGAAAGUUGCUCAACGGUUUUUGGCGGGAAUCAAACAGUGGCAACAGAUGACUUGUGUCAAAUUUGUUCCGCGAGGAAAUCACAGAGACUGGGUACAAAUCUUUCGUGAACGAAAUCCUUUGAGCAGAAGAUGCGCCUCAGCUAUUGGUCGAAUUGGUCGCUAUCAACCAAUCCGAGUGGGUGAUUUAUGUCCUGCUGGAAGUCUUAUCCAUGAGUGGGGCCAUGCACUAGGACUAUGGCACGAACAAUCUCGCGAGGAUCGUGAUGGCUUUGUGAAGGUUAACUGGGAUAAUAUCCUGCCAGGUAAAAAGGACCAGUUCAAGAAAUAUCGUCAUUUCUCCGCCAACACAUUGUCAAUAAAAUACGACUAUAUGAGCAUCAUGCACUAUGGAAAAGAUUACUUCGCAAAGCUGACUGAGGAUCAAAUGGGAUAUCUGACUACUUUGGAGGCUUUGAAUGACAAAUAUAGGGAUAAAAUAGGGCAACGUAAGCACGUGACGUCAGCUGACGCAGCGAAAGUGAAUGUCUUGUAUGGAUGUGCAGAUUUUCCUUACAUGUGGCGUAGCAAAGAUUGGUCAGAAUGUUCAUCUGAUUGUGGUUCAGGAACAAAACAUCGUGAAUUAUUCUGCGCUAAAUCAGAUCUUGUAAAAGUUCAGCCAAAAUAUUGUUCUAAGUCUACUAAACCGUUAAAAAAACUGGCGUGUUAUGGACGCAAAUGUUCCACUUGUCCCUCAGGUUGGUUUAAACUUGGCAAAGCAUGCUAUAAAGCUCACAAUAAACUUGUUUCGUGGUUUGAAGCAAGGAAAACGUGUCUCCAGAAAGGCUCAGAUCUACUCACGUUAAAAACAAAACCGGAAGAAGCCAGUAUUCGAAGCUAUCUUAAAUCAAAGAACAUACAUCUUGUCUAUUAUUGGUUAGGUGCCUAUUACCAUGCUGCUGAUGGUGACUUUUAUUGGGUGGAUGACAGUCGUAUGAAAUAUAAUGAUUGGAAGACAGGGGAACCACGUUGGAAUGUGAAUUGUGCUCUAAUGAUCCAUCGUGAACAAUGGGGAACCGAUGUUUGUACUGUAGGAAGACGAUUUAUUUGUAAAAAAGAAAUUGUUUAAAUUUUUAUAAUAGAA